AAAUUAGAGUAUGGUAUGUGAGAAGUAGAGUGUGCACCUAAAAACAUCUAUUGUUAAUGCUCUAAAUAUUAGAAAAAUCACAAUCAAAGCCUACGAAAAAAGUGCAGCUUCUUUAUGAUGAGCGUGGUAUUCAAGAAACACAAGUGAAGGGGAAUUCACAGGAUAGAUGUGCAUGAAGGAAAUGAAGAAUGGAAAAACGCAAUGUAUUAUUUUUCAGAGAUAAAUGCAGUGCAGGACUGUAAAUAAUGUGAACAUUGCUGACAUUAUAGGUUACAGUUUGGGAAAAUCAUGUAGCAAUUGAAAGGUUAGUCACAAAAAUUCCAAGAGUUGUCAGGUGAAGAAAUCCUGGAUCCCUUUGCCAGCAAAAACUCGAUCAGAAAGAUCGGCCAAAACGGCAUUGACGCUGGAACCAAAAAUAACGCUGAGGACAUCGCCGGUGGUACCCGAACAACAAGUCGGAGAGGAGAUAAUGGGACUUUGGGGAGUGAAAUUUGGAAAAGAGUUUGGGUGUAGGGGAACAGAAAUUGGUGUAGAAUGGAACCAGAGGUUUGAUAAUUGUGUUUGUCAUGGCCACCGCUUGCUUGUUGCACUCCGGCAUUGUGACAUUUUCACAAAUACUUUAUGUACAUGUGCGUAAAGUGAAUCAAUGUUCUGAAGGGUAGCAUAGGACUGUGGGGCAACAGGGGUUUUCAACAAGGAAACAAGCAAUGAGUAAAGAUGUGUGCGUGAGAGGGAGGUUGCAAUUGGUGUCAGGAGUUUUAUUAUAAGUUUUUACAAGGGGAUUAUGCUUGGUUUGGUUCAUAGUCAAGGGGGCGCACAAUUGGGCAAUUGACUGAAAUCGGAUCCUUGUAACGUCGCAACACUGGUUUGAAAACCUUUAAAUUCAUUCGAUCAAACCAUAAACCCUAGCUAGCUGAGUAGCGUUGGAGAUGGAGAAGAGUAAUGGUUUAUGGAAUUUACAAGCAGUGGCACCGGAAGUAUCCGGCGAGGGAUUUCCAUACGCACCGGAAAAUUGGCCGGAACAGGGCGACAUUUGGGGAUGGAGAACUGGGCGGAGAGUUGUCGCAAAUCGUAGCCACUUUAAGGAUCGGUACCUGUAUCUGCCGAAUCGACUAAUCCGUGCCUUGAAAGAGGAGAAGGAGAAGGAGAACGCUGCUGACUCAGGCUCAAGCUCAAUCCGCAGCAGGCAACACAUCUUUGCGAGCAAACUUGCUGUUGAAUGCUACAUCAAGAAAUAUUAUCCUGAAGCGGAUCUUGAUGCCUUUUUUGCUUCCUUCUCCUGGAAGAUUCCAGCUCUACCAUCGUCUUCAACCAACGGCAAUGAGGUGCCUAUAGCUGCUGUACCUCUUCUACAGAUAGCACAAGAAGCAUAUGACUCUGACUCUGGGGACGUUGUCAAGUGUAAAGCAAGUAAUAAGAAGUGCACUAGUCUGGUGUUAGAAGAAGUUGAAAAAUAUUCACCAGCCAUGCCUUGUGAUAUCUGUUGUUCUGAACCUGGGUUUUGCCGUGAUUGUGUUUGCAUCCUUUGUUGCAAAACUGUUUCUUCAGCUUAUGGUGGCUAUAGUUAUAUCAAGUGCCAAGUGAACAUUGGUGGGGGCAUCUGUGGCCAUGUUGCUCAUAUGGAAUGCGCUCUUCGAUCUCUCUUGGCUGGCAAAGUUGGAGGAAGUAUUGGGCUAGAUGCCCAGUACCACUGCCGACGCUGUGAUGGGAGGACAGAUAUGAUUUCGCAUGUUAAUAAUCUCCUACAAACAUGCAGAGCUGCUGAUUUGGAUGAUGAAAUUCGGAAGAAAAUUUUGAAUCUUGGUGCUUGUCUCUUGCGUGGUUCACAGAAGCCUGUUGCAAAGGAGCUGCUGUGUCGUAUUGAAUUGGCCAUCUCAAAGCUUAAAUGUGGAACUAAUCUUGAAGAAAUCUGGAAGGAGGAUGACAGUCUUAUAGCUCAUUCUUUGGAUAACGGCAAUGAUGUGAUGGAAGUUAUGGUCAAUGACGGCCCUUUUGAAGUUAGGACAGGGUUGGAAUCUUAUGAUUUUCAACCUCGUUCAUUAAAACUUGAGUCUGAGGUUGAUCAGGUUCUCCAGGCUCUUAGAAAGUCACAGGAGCUUGAAUAUAAGGUGGUGGAAGAAACACUUCAAGACCAAAAGACUUACUUAAAAAAUUUGUAUCAGCAAGUGGAAUGUGAGAAGUAUGAAUUGGCUUGUCAAAACUCAUCUACCUCAGAUGUAUCGUCUAGUGCUGUAAGAGACAGAAAGAAACAGAUAAGACGGGAGGUGGAAAAAUUUGAAAUCAUGAAAAAGGUUGCCUAUGGUUUUGGCAGGACAUCCAAUGAUAUUGUAAAGGAACACUUUGGCUUGAAAGUGAUAGAUUGAAUUGACAAAUCUUUCGAGGUUGUGACAAUUUUAAUUUUUUUCACAGAACCUUUAUUCAUUGCGACCAACAUGGAUUUUUUGCCAAGCAAAAUCAAGUGAGAUUGUUCGAGGGACUAUAUGAAGUUGGUCUGUCAAACAAGAUGUAGUAAGUUCAGUGUUGUAAAAAGCACUAUGCUGAUCUUUGCUACUGUAAUAUGCUAGCCGAUAGGUCAGCUACUAAAGUAAUCUGUCGGAACAUUUUGAUAAGGAUUUUAAAACUGAGUAGCAAACAGUCUUGGUACAGUGGCUUCAUUUUCAGUAGUAAAUUCCCUGUUGCAA